GGCCACUGAGUGUACACUGUGCAUAAGCUGUCAGUAAUUAACUGUGGCCAACUGAACCCACUCUUCAUGGCAGAGCCCGUCACUGUUGAUAUUGAUUGUGGAGAAGAGAUAACGCCCGAUGAUAUUCAACGAUUGAAAAAUGAAGUAACAGAUGAACGUUAUUCAGCCUAUAUUGACGCUGCUAAUGCGCUGGUCUGUAAAACACCGUCCUGGGUUCUUAGAGAUGCAGAGAUAUUCAUCACUUUACCACACCAGCAUUAUACGUUGCAUGCCGGUGAGAAAACUAACAAGUAUGCCAUUUUUUAUGACGACGAGACUAAAAAAGUGGAAACUGUUCGAAAAGAUUGUGGUUGGUGGUUGUAUCUCAAGGAAACAGCAACUAAUACUUUUGAAUGGGUUACCAAAAAUGUUCCUUUAUCACCAUUAUUGAUGCUGAUAUUCGGAAAAUUAUUAGCUAAGCCUAUUAAAUCUAGUUAACAGGUUUUAGAGAUCUAUCACCUUUUGCUUCGCAGUAGCGGUAGUAAAUACGUUCGUCAAUGUGAAUGUCACAAAAUCGAAAGAUACUUCAAUAAUUUCAAUAUACAAGAGCAAAUGAAUUUUUGUGACCAUAGAAAGCUGUACAGUCAGAAAACACUUUCAAUUGCAGAUACAGUAAGACCAAAAAAAUGUACCCAAGGGAAUUGGAAAUCAUAGUUUGUCAACUCGGGAUGUUUUGUUGCAGUUUUUAUCUUGCAGUUCAAUGAUCACUUGCUCAUGCAUUUUCAAAAUUGUAAAAAUUAUUUAUUCAAACUUGAAAAUACUUCGGACUAAUUAUAGGCUUAAUUUUAAAUACCGUAAUUUUG